GUUAACUAAUAUGGCGCUAUCUAUAAAUCAAGAAGAAUAUUGUAAUUGAGUUAAGUGGGAUGUUUGAUGCUGGUUAUUCUGGUUCACAACAACCUCGUUCAUCAUCUUCAUCAUCAUCUUAUCUGUUAUCAUCAACGACAUCAUCAACCUCAAAGUUCAUUACACCCAACACACAUGGUUCUUCACCUUCGAUAGCUGAUCAAACUAAUGCAACUGGUAUUACCUCCACUUCUGUUACUACAACCAUUACUACUACUACUACUACUACUACUACUACUACUACGUCGAACACAUCUACGUCUGGUAAUCAACUUAUACACUCGGAAAAGAAAUUGAAAUUGAAUUAG